CUUGACAGCGCAAAACGCGAAAGCCACAACACUCAGUCGGAACAGCUGACUCUCAAAGGUGGCCGCCACCCACCACCCAUCUGCUGCAGGGCCAAACAGAAACUCCGUCACUAGGCUUACGGAGCAUUUCGCCAAGCAAGCGUGGGGGCGUCACCGUCACCCACAGACGUCGACGCACUCGGCGCAUGAAAAACAGUUACGCGCUGUGCCGCGGAGUGUGUGGAGUUGCGUUGAAAGGGGCUCCGGAGUCAAAACGGUAAUCGGAAAGCCCACGGGAAGGGGCCAUCACCGCGGAGCCUUGACCCGAGCGUAGUGAAAUGUGGCGCCUGGCUGGCGAAAAAGUGACGUGAAAUGCCAAGUGCAGCCGCAUCGAACCCACCAAGGAUCUUGUAGCAGCGGCAGGAGCAGCCCCUUCUCCAUGGGUUCAUGCCUUGGCAGCUGUGCCACAGCUGCCGCCGCACCCGCCCACUCCGCCUGCACCUCAACGUCCGACUCCACCACCCACUCGACUUCCUCGACCUCGUCUUCACUGACAACUCCCCCCACGUCCUGGGUGGCCAACAGCUGGCUCUGGUCUUAUCUAUCGUCUUCCAGGCGAAAGAACAGAUCUGCAGGACGACAGGAUCCAGAGGCAGAGCUCUUAUCGAGGACCACCAGGCAGCGCUGCCAACGGAGCGGAUUCAUCUACCGCAUCCUGCGGCUCAAGAGAAGGCAGCAGUGCCCCAGCUUCCUGGACAAGUACUGGGAACAGCAGCCCAGCUACGCCAAGUUGCCGACCACCGCCAUGGCGGACAUUCAGAUGCAGAACCUGGACGCCGGCAAGUUGCUCAACGCCCAGACCACGCCCAGCCGGGAGACGGAGAUGGGACUUGGAGCCUACCAGCGCAUGGCCAACUCACGGGCCAGCUCCUCCUUGGACCUCGAGUGGGAGCAUGAGUACUCGCAGCUGCGGCAGUAUCAGUUCCAGUGCCAGCAGGUGCCCAAGGAGUUGCCACCAACGCCGCCAAAGCCUCGCUACGCCUCCCUGGAUCAGCUGGCGGCAGCCAAUGCGAUGGCCACCAGCCAAGGACGACACAUGGCGCGCCAGGCCAGGCUGAGUUGCCAGCGCCACGGAGGUUCGCUCACGCGGAACUCAUGCUGCUCGUCCACGCAAAACUCCUGGUCGCACAUAUCCACGCCAGAAUCGCUCGAAUGGGAUGUGGACGAGGAGCGGGAGCAGCAGCGUCAGCUGCGCCUGGAGGAUGACAAUCUGGAUGAUAGAACGCUCAAGUUGCUGCAUCAGAUCGAACAAUUGAAGCAUCAUGUGCUGCAGGAGACUGGCGAUGGACUUAGCAUGGAAUCAGCUGCAGUCGAGGAGCUCACCGAGGGCCUUCAGUUCCGGGCAACGCACUUCGCUGGCGACUCCCAGCUGGAGGCCCAUGUAAGUUGAUUGGAAUCACUUUAAGACGACCUAUCAUGCACAUAGUAUUAGGUUAAGAGGUGUACAUAGUUAAUGAAAAGAGGACUUGCAAUAGAUAAGCAUAAGAACUAAAUAGAUAUAUCUAAUUUCAUUUAUGUAAUGAUUGCACCUGGUAUAAGACACAUAGAUGGUUAAUAAGUUAUGAAAUUUAAGUGCCUAGUCUAAGUCCGAUCCGAGUUCAAAAGUUUAAGUACUCAAAUAAUAUCCUAAACUCAAGAUGAUUCCUAUAAAAUCAACAGAUAUAUCAAGCAAAUAGUUUGCAUUAUUAGCCAUACAAUUGUCUAUUCUAUAACUAUUUAUAUAUGUGAACUUUAAGGGCUUCAAAAGGAUUUUUAUUGCAGAGAUUUAUACCGAAACAUUUAGGUUUAGUGAAAAAUGCAAUAUAUUUACUUUCUGCUCCAAAAUUGUGCUUUUUGGAUUAAAUCCGAAUCAAAAAAUGAAAAUGCGUUCGUUAAGAGCUUAUCAGAGCACUAUAUAAGUGACUUCGUUACAUUUUUAAAACUAGUCUAUAGAAUCGCACCUACUUGAAAAUUAUAGUACUUAAGCUACUUAAAACUUUAUAGACCAGAUGCCCUUUUAAUUAGUAAAUAACACAAAAACCGCCCAAUCUUUUUAUCAGUGUAAUUGCUGCUGUAUUGCGUUAAGUUUUUGUUGAUAGUUUCUUGGAAAACGUAUAGAAAAAUAUUUUGUAAAUUUUUAAAUUUAACUGAUACCAAAGAUUUAUUUUGAAAAUUGAAUGUUACUCUCCAUAGACUACAUACUAGUAUUUAAGUACGUUAACUAUUUUCGCUGCACAGUAAAUGUCAUUUAUUUGUGUCUUAAACUAAGAGGAUUAAAGAAAGAUUUGUAGAAAAUA